CAAGGGAACGCUGUUCAAUAGGCUUCAAAGUGAUUCAGUCAUGGCACAACCGUGGCUGUGGCCACAUGUAAUAUACCCUGUAGCUCUUUAAAGAGGAUUAGCCUUAGAUCAGGGACAGCAUUCAUUGCUGGAUUUCAUGUAAAGUAGAGUAUGCUAAUGAAAUGGUAAUGUCUACAGCAAACAUUGCAUAAUAUUGUAAACUCUCAAAAUUGAGCAUUGUGUCAUGAUAUCUCUGCUGGAAGUCUAACUUUUAUAUUCCAUUUAUUGCUUGGAGAAAAAAGUGAAGUUUUUAGUAUUGCCACAAUCUCUCAAUAGGAAAUAAGGAUCUGGUUUGCAGUCUUACAAGUGAAGUUUAAAACAAACGUUUGAAAGUAACUUUUCAAACGUUGAUGAAUGCUUUAUAACAAUGUCCUAGCUCUCCAGCAGAGAGAAAACCCACCGCAUCUUAAAACAGCUUCAUUUGGGUUCUCUGUAACAAGCACGGUCUUGGUUCAAUACUGCAUCCCUGCCCUGCCUGCCAUUCUGUUGCUCUGGGUGGUACGUUUGGGCUUAUACGUGUGUCAGCAUCAGUCUUGCAGAGAUGCAGUAUUUCUUGUAAACAUUUCUGAGCCAUUUCAUCUUUUAAAGGCAGUUUCUGUCUGUAUGUUAGCUUCCACUGGCAGUCCAGUAGUCUUGAUGUGGCUCUUGUCCAGUUUUAUGCCAGUUUUUUGAACGUGUGAAGAUGUACAUAGUACAUGUGUUUAAAAAGCCCCAAAACUUCAAGGGAGCCAGAAAUUCAAACUGUCUGUUUUGAGAUGUUGAAGGGAUUUUAUUUGUAGAAGGCCUUGAAUACCUCUGAGAAAUCUGUUCUGCUGUGAGCACUGGGCCUCCUCUGUAAGCCUCUGUUGAGAAUGCAUGGUAUGAUGUUUAUUAUGCCCAGAUUUAUCUUCAUAUUUGGUGCUGUGCAUGUGUAUGCUUCCCAGGGCAUGUGGCAUCCUGAUAGGCGAUUGUGGCCUGGGCUUUGACCCCAAAGCAGCACAUUCAAAAAAGUGCCCCAUAUAAAACACAGUGAUGGACUUCAGGUAGCCCGACAGGCCAUUUUGCUUCUGUGAUGAUUUGAAGUGCCUCCUGCCCAUGUGCUGGGGAUUGGAGCCUGAGGAAAGCCUUUGGGAAGAAGAUGCUUCUGGCUUCCUUUUCAAAAUGUCAGCUUUCCUUGCUUAAUAGUUUUCUCCUGGCACAACUCCACGGUUUAGGAUUUUGUCGCUUCAGGAUUUUUUUUAUUGGUGAUGGUGGCUUGUUUUAUUUAUCUAUUUCUUAUUUUGGUGUUCGGAAGAUUCUUUCUCUAUAGACGUAGAGGGCUGGUGAUACAUAUUCAUGAAAGAGAAGUCCUCCUGGCCCUUGCUCACACUGACAAAGACUCGGCUGUUUCACACGGCGAGCUGUGCAGAAUUGUGUGGGGCCUGCCUGACCAGAUUAGAGCAAACAGCAAGCUUAUUCCUCCCGUCGUUAGGCCUCGCCUGCCUAACAAUUUCCCCAAUUGUCAUUUUGACAAGGCUGUCAUUAGAUGAUGGCUUCUUUUGGCCAUUUUCAGAUAAAGAUAAUUUCCUUAACUUCCAUUUUAUUUGACAACAAGUAGUUUGUGAGAGAAAGGAAGUGCUUCAGUGGUUUAUGGAUUAAGGGUUUGUCACUUCAAAGGCAUCUUUGAUCUAAAAAUAUGUGCUGUACCAAAUUCAUUAUGUCUUUCUUUCUCUCUCUCUUUUUUUUUUUUUUUUUGGACUUUUUAAUUUAUUGAUCUGCCCCUCAAUUAUUCCUUUUUUUUUUUUCUUUUUUUUCUUUUUUGCAUCCCCUAGCAGCACACAACAGAGCAGAGAUGAGGGGAAAGAGCCCAGAUGGCACCUCUGGGAAGUCACCAUCAGGACAAAACAACAGGUGCUUUGCAUGGGCACCACGCUCCAGCCCCACAGCCCUGCCUGCCCAGUGUCCACACCGUUGGGUGUCAGGCCUGGUUAUCAGCUGGGACAAGGGAGCCUGUGUGUGGCAGGGAGUGGAUUCAGGCCUGGCCACCUCACGGCGGCACCUGGCAGAGGUGGCUCUGCCAUCAGGGUGGGCCUGUGCCAGGGGGGUUCAUGCCUGGGUGCAGCUGUUUCUGUGGGGACUGGGGGUGUACUGGGAGGGCACAGGGCUGGGGAUGGGCUCCUCAAUGCCUGUGGGAGGCACUGAGUGCACUUUGGACCCAUCUCUGCAUUUAGUGCGGAUAGAAUUCUGUUGUUCUAUCCAUGUAAAUCCAUCACUGCAGCCCAUUACUCUAGUCUCACGCAGGCUUAGCCAAGGCUGGGAUUUGUCCCGUAUCCAUAUUAAUAUCCUUUCUAAUUACCUCAGUGCUUUCUGUUGUGCUGCCUCGCAUUGCACCCGGGCAGAUAACCGUCCCCUUGCUGCUGGAGGCUGUUCUUGAUCCCAUUUCUAAACAGAAGCACUUCUGCUCAGCACUGACUGGGGUAGCUGUGCAGAGGCUGCCUUUUUUUUUUCCCUUUUGCCUGCUAAUUGGCUGAGACCACCAGAAUUUGGAGGACACAGAUGUCACUGAUAGUUUGCCUAGGGAGCACAUUCAUGCCCAUCUGUUGCAGUCUAGAAGGCUGUUCAUAUAUCCACAAGGCCUUCAUUUAAUUCUUGUCAGAAAGUAAUGUAAAUCCAGUUUACCUCAGAGGUCACAGCCAAGAUUUAUGCCAAUGAGCCCCCUGCAAUUUACACACACUGUAGUUGUAUAGGAUGAAAAGAAAGCCUUUCAUGUUGGUGCAUAUUAACAAGAAAGCUUGCCUUAGGAGAGGCUCUUUGAUUGAGGUUCUUCCUUAUUUUAAUACAGCCAAUGCCAGUUGGUAUAUGCAGCUUUACCAAAAGAAAACAUCUCAUCUUUAAGCCAGAGAAGUAAAAUAAAUAAAUAAAUCCCCUAGCAAAUGAAUUUUGUUGUUGUUUGGUCAUCAUCUUGUCUCUCUCAUGUGGCAGAGCCUCCGCGUACUGGGAAGCAAGAUAAAUGCUCUAGGGAAGCACAAGUGUGUAUAUAUUGAAGCAGGGAACCGGAUUUUCUGUAGAGGGUAAUAUUAACUCAGUUGGUGAUACCUUUGCUGUGAGACUAGAUCAUUUUAAGCAACCUUUUCUGCUUUUUCUUUUUCCUCAAGUUGCCAAAUCUGAUAACAAAGCUGAGCCUGUUAUUUGGGGCACAGGUAAUGGGGAGGAUUGCAGAAAACUCAUGCACAAAUCCAUGGGAUGGGGAGCAGCUGGGGGUGCCCUGGACUUGUGUGCUCACUACUAUGUGCUGAGGGAAAAAGAAAUGUUCAGGCUCUCUCUUACGGACAGAAACUGAUAGUUGCUUGGAAAGGCUGGCAUAGAAAAAUAUUGCACAAGGAUGGAUCAGGGUAUGCAAAUGGAUUUCAGAGUUGGUACCUCAAUGAGGAUGCUCUUUUCAUGUGUAUUAGUUCUAUGCCAAGGGGUGCUACUGCUAAAGCAAGCUAUUCCUUCCUGGCAGAUGCUCAAAGCUCAGCCAGUCCUCCUCACUGCAGGUACAGAGCAUGUGGGCUUUCUUCUUUGCAGCCUGACCAGUGGGUUUUGCUUUUGGCCCAUGCUUUCAAAUGUUACAGGCAUGAUGAUCAGGAUCACUGGCACUGUGUCAUAAUGACUGGAGUGGUUUGGGAUUAGGAGGGUGGAGAGCAAGGCAUGGCUGCCAUCUAAAUUAAAACAGGACUCGUACUCAAAGUUCCAGCGUAGCACUUAAAAUAAUUAAAAUGUUUAUUUGAAAGUCAAAACAGCCUCAGUCAUAAAUAACUACCCUGUCCUCAACUGAUUGUGUUGAGUCCCAACUGAGCACUCUGGGAAUAAGGUUGAUUUGCUCCCUGUUGGGAUUAAUCCAUAAAUGUAGCCUCUGUGUGGAACUCAUCAGGUCUUUGCUUCCUCUUCAUUAGUCUCUCUGGAAUUGGAGGGUAGCCUGAGCAAGAUGGAAAUUAGGAUAAUAUAUUUUCAGAGAGAAAAGGUCUGAUGAUCUCUAAUUUGUGUUUCAGGACAAUAAUGCUAUGGAAAAUUUCCCAAAUAAUUUUGUCUGAGAAACAAAUGGUUGUUAUGCUUGCUGUAUUGAAUGCAUCAAUUAUGCUUUCUCUUUCCUUGAGCCUCUGAAGCUAAUUGUAAUUUUAAACUGGCCCAACUGACUCCCAGGCUCCCUUCUAUCCACAGUAUAACUUAAAAAAUUCCUUUCUCUUGACAGACCUUUUGGUCUUCUAGCCCAAGGGCUCUGAAGUGUCAUAGUAUGGCCCAUUUCUUAUUAAAGAGAUCGUUUCCCUGUGGCCCACCCAGACCUUCCCUCCUUCCUCCCCUCCCUCCCUCUUGUUCUGAAUCCCAGCUCCCAUCAGAGACAACUGCAGCAACAUGCUGCCCCUCUCCCUGAGAUCUUUGUACUUUUGGUCAUCAUACUUGAUGCAAGAAGUUACUGUAACCCAAACUCCAGCCAGAAAUGGCAUAGAUGGUUAUUUCCAUCAUUUCUGCUUUAAAUUACAUUGAUUGCCCCAAUCUUCACUGUAAUGUAAAACGGUCUUUAUUACAUGUUUUGAAAGUGGCAGCCAAAGUUUUUUUGGUGAUGUGUCCUUAGAAAGCACUUUUCUCUAGACAGCUGUGCAGUCAUUUUUGGCCCUACUUUUAGUUUUCAGCAUGACCUCCCCUCAAAGUGCUGCUUUUUGAGAUGUAUCGGUGCUGACAGAAAGCCAACUAGUGACUGUCACAGGGCUCACCAGAACUCUGCGCUGGUUCUGCUGCUCAGCUCUGCUCUCAGGUCCUGCUUUUGCCACACGCUGCCCGCAGGGUUGUUUUCAUCUCCCAGCUGCCACGCAGUGCUGCAGCUGUUACUAAACACAGCUUACAGCGUGCAUCUGUGUAAAGGAUGCUGCUGCAGUUUAAAGCUCUCUGGUGCAUUUUCAGCUGAUUUUAUGAUGCAAGUCAUUGCCCCCAGUGAUGGGUCUCAAAAGGCUGUCUUGCUUCUGAGUGCUACCGUGCAGUUUAUUGCACUGGUCUGUGUGGUUCCACCAUUGUUGUUCCUGCUGCUGUAAAUCGCUAUUUACUGCACUAAGUGCCCUCGCUGUUUAUUUAGUUCUUUGGAAAAACGUACUUGAAGAAAAACCUCUCUCUUGCCGCCUUGCCUAUAUCCCUGUUACGGAUCCAGCAGUUUCCCGCAGGUCCCUCCACCUGGAAGGAGCCCUCUCUGCUGGAGCAGCCAAGAGGGAGCAGUGGCCAUGAACACCUGCGGCUCGGUGGCUGCACUGCUGCAGGACUGCGAGCGCUCGCUGGCUGCGCUGCUGUCAGCCAAGGCGGACAUCCACGAGGAAGAGGAGCAGGAGGAAUACCGGCGGCACCAAGCAUUGCUUCCCGAUGACUUGAAGACCCUUCUGGAGGAGGCGAAGGAAAUGAAGUGGCCCUUUGUGCCAGAGAAAUGGCAGUACAAGCAAGAUGUGGGCCCAGAGGACAAAACGAACCUGCAGGAUACGAUCGGCACCAGGCUCCCCGAUCUACUGGUUUAUUUGAAAGCUUCCAUCAUGGUCAAGGAUUGUGUGACAGCAGCUGCUAUUGUGUUCUUGAUUGACCGGUUCCUGUACUGGAUUGAUGCCUCAAGCAAACUCCUGAAGAUCGCCAAGGGCUUACACAAGCUGCAGCCCACCACGCCGAUCGGUCCUCAGGUGGUCAUCCGCCAGGCUCGCCUUGCCGUCAAUGCAGGUAAACUUUUAAAAGGGGAAUACAUCCUCAGCAGCCUUAUUAAUGACAAUGGAGCAACAGGUACCUGGCAAUAUGCUAAGGAAAGUGAUAGGAUCCUUGUUCAGUCGGUCUGCUUACAAAUCAGAGGACAGAUUCUGCAAAAGCUAGGGAUGUGGUAUGAGGCAGCAGAGUUAAUUUGGGCUUCAGUUGUGGGAUAUUUCAAACUUCCUCAACCAGAUAAAAAGGGAAUUGCUACUUCCUUGGGUAUUCUGGCAGAUAUAUUUUCUUCUAUGAAUGAGAAGGAUUAUGUACGUUUUAAAACCAAUGCUGCAAUUAACCUGACCCUUCUUCAGGAGUCCAGCCAUCGUUUGCUAUCAGCUGCUGAAGCCUGCAAAUUAGCAGCAGUCUACAGCCAGUAUACCCCACUGUUUGUGCUCACAGCUGUGAACAUCCGUGGAGUGUGUUUGCUGUCAUAUAGUCACUCCAAAGACUGUCCCCCAGAAAGGAGGAAGUUCUACUUGUCUGAAGCCAAGGAAUCCUUUGAGAUCGGCCUCCUCACCAAGAACGAUAACAGUCGUGUCACCAGCAAGCAGGAGCUCCAUAGUUUUAUUAAAGCUGCUUUCUGCCUCACAACUGUGCAUCAAUGGUUCUAUGGGGAGAGUGAGAAACUCCAUGAGGUUUAUCAACUUUGUAGAGAAGCCAUAGAAAAACUGCAUACUUACAGCACUUCAUUUACAGAAGAGGAAGAGAAAGGAGUGCUUGCGGAAGAGAUCAUGUCUCUGAUUACAUCUGUUAAGAAGCUCCUACAAGUGGAAAGCUUUCCUAAUUCUGAUGCCAGGUCUUAUGUGCCAGACAGUUAUAAAGGGGCAGUGGAAAAACCUGUCCUGCAAGGGGAAGCCAACUUUGAGAAAAUCCUUGCCAUGAAUUCUCAGCAUCAUCUGUCAGUGUGUGAAGUGUUUAAAAAUCCUUGCAGAAUUAAUAAAAACACACUGGGAGAAACCCCCAUGGGGGUUUGUAUCACAGCUUUAAAAACAGAAACCAAAAAUACAGACACCAUGUGUACCACUGAAGACAUAGUAUACCAGAGGAAGGGUGCUGGAAAAAUGUUUAGUACACCAAAAGUGGGAAGUAGAUCAGAGAAGCUCAGUAGCCAAACAAGAAACAAACAGAGCAGUUCUGAUGUGAGUAAUAUUUCUAUUGAAAAAGGGACCGAAUCAUUAGAAAGAGUAAUAAUUGAUGAAAACAAUGUUUUCAACAGACGGCAAAACAGAAGUCAAACCACUUCUUCAGAGAAUGCCUGGUGCAAGCUGUCACUGUCAAGUUGCUCUUCCAGCUGGGAGGAACUGAACUGUAAUAGCAGCAAAGAGUUACCCGAUGGAGGACAGCAACAAGAAAAGGGCUCAGUGGAGGAGCAGUGCUGCACAACAGAAACAGAUGAAAAUGGUCAAGCUGCUUCCAUGCACUCAUUGUCACCCAGAACUCAGUAUACUUCUCCUCGAGAGCUUUCAUAUAGUUGUUUGAGGUCACCUCAGCCUUUCUUAGAGGUAGACACAGCCCUAGCUAGAAGGCUCGGGGAGAAGGCUUCUCUAAGGGGAGCAAAGCUGAGAGAGGGAGACAACCCUUCAGGAGGGAAAGCAGAGACGAAUAACACAGCUCUAGAGAACAACUCGGUUACUUCCCUCACCGCUCCUUCUUCCUAUCCUGCCAGGAUGGAGGAGGAGGAGGAGUGUUCUUCCUCCUCCUGGGCGGAGCUGGAGCCCUGGGUGAUGGCCGACCGACCGAUGGGCGCAUGCUGCAGCACCACGGACAGCGCCAGGGCGGGCCACCUCGUCUCCGGGACGGCCUCGCCCCCGCCCCAAAACAGCUGUGUGGGGCGGGACCCGGGGGAAGGAACCCUAGACAGCACGGAGCACCCCUCGCCCGUCGUAAGACGUCCCACGAAUAGCGCUGCUGCUGCAGGAUCUACAGGCAUCGAGCCAAAACCGGCCAGCAGCUCCUUCGUGAGUGAGCGGCUGAGGAAACCUGCAGCCACGGUCGGACACAGAUCUCUCGAAGUACUUGAUGUUGACCCCCAGGCAGAAACUGUAGAUGACACUGAAUUUGAUUUCAUCAGUACUGGAGAGUUGGCAAACAGUUCUCCCAGAGUGACCACUCCAGAGCUUCAGGUGGCUCCCGGUGCACCAACAGGUUUGCCUUUGUGUGGAAACACGUCCAUAACAAACCACUUUGAUUGUGCCACUACUGAAGAAGAGGAAGAGGAAGAGCCUCAGAGCAGCAAAAGACAGUUCAGUUCAUCACUGAGUCCAUUGCACAGUUCAGCUCAUAUGCCCAGCAGUUCCUCUGACGGUCCAUUUCUAAGCCCAAGGGGAAGUGGUCUUGUCUUCACACCUAGGAGAACCAAGGAAGAAAUCCUUUAUGCUCGGAUUCUGAGGGAUGAUGACUAUGUGCAGCUUCUGGCAGGAGUAGAACAUAACUGGCUUGUCCAGAGACUGAUGCCUACUGGAAUGUUUAAGUCUAAACAGCUUCAUAAAGCAUACUCUGCUCUUCUUUUGAAAUACUCAAAGAAAACAGGCCUCUGGACAGGCCAGGAAACAUCUGUAUUCAUUGGGGACAAACUGAACGUGGCAAAAGAAGGCAAACAGAGAAAUGCAUUUUGGAUACACUUCCUGCACCAAGAAGAAAGCUUGGGAAGGUAUGUUGGGAAAGAAUAUAAAGAAGAGAAGGGGCUUCUUCAUCAUUUCAGUGAUGUGGAACGACAAAUGACUGCCCAAUACUACGUGACAGAAUUCAACAAAAGGCUGUAUGAGCAAAAGAUCCCUACCCAAAUCUUUUAUAUCCCAUCUGCAGUACUUCUGAUUCUGGAAGACAGAACAAUAAAAGGAUGUGUGAGUGUGGAGCCCUACAUCCUUGGGGAGUUUGUGAAGCUGUCUAAUAACACAAAGGUAGUAAAGAAUGAGUACAAAGCCACAGAAUAUGGUCUGGCCUACAGCCAUUUCUCCUAUGAGUACUCCAAUGGAACGGAAGUUGUUGUUGACCUGCAAGGCUGGGUGACAGGUAAUGGAAAAGGUCUCAUCUACCUCACAGACCCACAGAUUCAUUCUCUUAAUAGCAAAGAUGUUUCCCGCUCUAACUUUGGGAAGAGAGGAAUUUAUUAUUUCUUCAACAAUCAACAUGUGGAAUGCAAUGAAAUCUGCCGUUGCCUUUCUUUAACAAGACCCUCAGUAGAGGCACAAAUUUAGACUCGCACAAGACAGCCAAACGGAGUAUGGCCAAUAAGCUGGGCGGUAUUUUAUCAUUCACACAAUUAAGAACAUGUUGUCUUGGUGAGAAAAGGGCCUCUGAGGUGACAUCUGUGUAAGCACCUGCAACAGUCUGGGAAACAUAGCAUAACACCGGGUAGUACCAUGUUACCAUCUUGAGUACCAUCUGAAAUGUGUUCUUACAACCAUCUGUGAGACUUAACAGAAGAACAUAAAAGAAAGAAGAAAACAGCCUCCAAAAUUCAUUGGAGAUGUACUACAAGACUGUACAAACCUCUAAUGCAUCUACAGACCCAGUUAGGGCAAUAGGCACCAUCUGCUCUUUGGAAACAGAGUACAGAAUGGAGCGAGACAGAGACUUGCGUUUCAGCCAUCCAUAAAAUUCACAGGAAGUUGUAUAAGUGUUUCAAGGAUCAAAUGGCAAUGUUUGGGGCUGAUUGAAAAAUAAAAACAUGAUUUAUUUCA